AUGCAUGCAAGGGUUGGUCUGCUGAGUGGCAUUUGUCUCAUUGUGGGGACUAUGAUUGGCUCAGGCAUUUUCAUUUCCCCAAAGUCUGUUUUGCUGUACUCGGGAGCUGUGGGACCUUGCCUCCUAAUCUGGACUGCUUGCGGCGUGUUAUCUACUCUUGGAGCACUGUGUUAUGCUGAACUUGGAACCAUGAUCACCAAAUCAGGCGGCGAGUACCCCUAUUUCAUGGAGGCUUUUGGCUCUAUUGUUGCCUACCUUUACUCCUGGACAACUAUUAUGGUGUUAAAGCCUUCAUCCUUUGCUAUCAUCACACUGAGCUUUGCAGAAUAUGCCUCUACUCCUUUCUACCCUGGCUGCUCUCCACCUCUAAUUGUCACCAAGUGUCUAGCAGCAGCGGCUAUAUUGAUCAUCACAUCCAUCAACUGUUUGAGUGUCAAACUGGCAAGUUAUGUGCAGAACUUCUUUACUGCAGCCAAACUUGUAAUCAUUCUUGUCAUAGUUGGAGCAGGAAUCGUUCUGUUGGCACAAGGAAAAACAGAGAAUUUUUCAAAUGCUUUUGAUGGCACUGCAACAUCUUUUGGAGCAAUUGGACUUGCAUUUUAUAAUGGGCUUUGGGCUUAUGAUGGAUGGAACCAACUAAAUUUCAUCACAGAAGAGCUAAAAGACCCAUUCAGGGACUUGCCACUGGCGAUUGUUAUUGGGAUUCCUUUGGUUACUGUGUGCUAUAUUUUGGUCAAUGUUGCUUACUUCACUGUUAUGACCACAACUGAACUGCUUUUGUCUCCAGCGGUUGCUGUGACUUUUGGAGACAGAGUCCUUUACCCAGCAUCUUGGAUUGUUCCUCUCUUUGUUGUCUUCUCAACAUUUGGUUCUGCCAAUGGAAGCUGCUUCACUGCUGGCAGAUUGGUCUAUGCAUCUGGCAGAGAAGGACACAUGGUGAAAAUCUUAUCCUACAUUAAUGUGAAAUGCUACACUCCUGCUCCUGCUCUUAUAUUCAAUGGUGUUUUGGCUAUUUUCUACAUUAUUCCAGCAGAUAUCAACACCCUCAUUAACUACUUCAGCUUUGCUCAGUGGUUUUUCUAUGGGCUGGCAGCACUGGCUCUCAUAGUCAUGCGCUUCACUAGAAAGGACCUGGACAGACCAGUUAAGAUACCGGUGGUCUUAGCAGGCAUCAUGGUCCUGGUGUCCUGCUACCUGGUCUUGGCACCCAUCAUUGAUCAGCCAGAGCUGGAAUACCUUUACUGUACCAUCUUCAUCUUCAGUGGUCUUAUCCUUUACUACCCAUUUGUCUACCGAAAAGUGAACUGGGGGCGCAAAAUCAUGAGGCCCAUCACUAUGCAUCUCCAGUUGCUAAUGGAUGUAGCUCCUCCUGAGAAAACUGAAUGAGAAGGCAUAACGCGUUUCGGUGUCUACGGGGUAAUGAAAAAUGCUCUGUCUAGUUUUGGAAACAGGAAGUGUGCCUAAAGGCUUAGAGACACAUUUUAGAGCUCACUUCUCUGCAAAAGUAGGAUGAAAUGAAAUAAUUUAAAUUUGUUGGUUCAGGGCUCAGAAAUUGUGUUUAUAUAGAAUGACUGCAGGAUACAGUGGGAGUAUCUGCAGGAUAUUCCAGAAGUAUAUGACAUAUAAACUAAAAACAGAUGAAAGGGUACGCUUUCAUCUGUUU